GGUUAGAGUAGGGGUAGGGUUUGGGUUAGUUACAUAGCCAUUUAACACCUCUUCUAUCUUGCGAAAAUGACGUCAGGUCAGUUUGCUGGAUGGAAAAUAGUGCUAACCCAAAACUUUCAGUUUGUUUUGAUUUUUGGUGAAUCUUGCUUCGUUAUUUUCAGCUGUUUCCUUUUCAAUUCUACUGUCCUUUCGUGUGCUCAUGAAGAAUUGAAAAUGCUCUUAAUAUUGCAAGCCAAUAAUGGAAAGUAUGUGUGCACUAUCCGUGUUUAUUAUUGAAUAUUGAAGAAGAUAUUUUCGAUAAAGUUUGUUGUUGCUAGUACAGUCUGUAGUACAUGUACUGUAAUAUGUUGAUAACAUGUUUGUGUUUCUAGACCUAGUACAGUAAUAAUUUAGUAUAUAAUGAAAGUUAAUAUGUUAUUAUUUAAGAAAAAAGGUGUUAAAUUAUGGUUAAACACCUAUAGUUCAUAUCGACGUGAUUGUUGCUAUGGUUUGCGAGCCUAAAUUGCCUGUGGAAUUUUGAAAUGGUAGCAAAAUAUUAUAAUUAGUGCAAAAUAUUGAGUGCACGUUGUACUCUAGUGACUUUAAAGUGCCUAAGUGGAAUUAUGAGUAUUUUGCUACCAAUUCAUCUUUUGUUUGAACUAGGACAUAUUUCAGGUGCCAGGUGUAAGAAGGUCAUACAGUGCUGUCAAUGUUAAGUGCUGUCACCAGUGACUCUCAAGCUUUGUAGAAAUGCCUGAAAAGCCACAGAACUACAAAUAAGGAACCCACAAUAUGUGUGGAAAACUUUGCGCUAUUAGUAUUACAGCGUAAUUCUUUGAUGCACUGCACUAUAUAAUCGAUGGUUGAUUUCAAAAAGCUAAUAUAAAUUGCCUUAUUGGUAGAAUUGAACCCAUGAUCUCAGAGGUGAGAGGCGCUUGCUCUGAUGACUGCGCUACCGAAGCCCCCUGGCAUUCAUCUGCCAGUGAAAUAGUUACAUGAACUAUAAAUUAUAUAUUUAGAAUCACAUAGGCAGAUCUCCAAGGCCAAACAGCAAAGACCUAAUGCUCCUAAAUUAUCAGACCAGGUGGGUUAAAACAGCAUCAAGAUUUUUUUAUAAAUUGCAUGCUCUCUUGCAAGGGAGUGUGGCUUUCCUGGCUGUGUCAGUGUGUGCGUGUUCUGUAUCUCUGCAAGUUGCAUACAGUAAAUCAUGGGAAUGAAUUUUGGUUGACAUUAGUUGAUGCUAAUUUUUCUGGUGGGUGAUAGAAUAAUGUAUGAUGCCCUGGAGAAUUACCCUGGUUCCAGAGGUUUAUUUUUAUUAUUUUCAUUGUGAAGGGGAGAGGAAAAAUAAACCUCUGGUUGAAAACGGCAAUUGAUUUGUCGAGCCACGCCAGUCAGUUUGAAUUAGGGUCAGAUCCUGACUCUGUCUCCUGAUUGGAUGAUUGUAUUAAAGCUCUCUGAUUGAUUCAAAUAAAACAUCUAUAACCAAUCAGAGAGCUUUAAUACAAUCAUCCAAUCAGGAGACAGAGUCAAGAUCUGACCCUAAUUCAAACUGAUUGGCGUGGCUCGAUGAAUCAAUUGCAGCUUUCAACCAGAGGUUUUUUUUAAACCUCUUUAACUUUUUUAGCAAUCUUUGAACUUUCCCUCGUAUAAUUUUUAAAAUAUUUUUCAUAGUUAUGUAGUAUAUGCAUGUCUUCCAUGUAAAAUAGUUUAUUUAGUUCAGGACCUUUCUGAAAAUCACUUUGUGAGAAAGCUUCCUGAAAUUAAAGAUUAAAAAAACCCCAGGGUAUUGGAGAAUGUGCUGAAUGACAACAUGAAUACCCAACAUUGAUGUAAAGUUUCCACAUCUGCUAAAUCAGUCAAGAUUUCCAGUUUCUUCCUCUUAUUUUAUAACUAAUGCAGCCUGUCUGCCUGUCUCCAAAAAUUUUAAUGCUCUACAUUUACAUUUGUAGCCUAGUGGAGGAAAAGAUGUUGCUUCGGUAGCUUAUGAUGAAUAUUUAUGGUUGUUACAAAAAAGAAAUAGGUAAGCUGAACUCCCAAAAAUGAGGGGACCUGUUGACUGUUGUAAUUGUUUGACUGAGAUAUUAUAUUUAUAUUGAAUAUAGAAUGUUCUGGAAAAUUCUGUGUCUGUAACAAUAACAACAACAAUCUCCAACACAACUAAUUAAUAGACCUUUCCCCUUAUAACCAAAAUUUUGAUCUAGGCAAGUCUAGACAAAUAUUUCAUCACAGCUUGAAAGAGCAUCACAAAAUUAGUAAUAUUCCAAAGUUUCGUUGCGAAAUGUUGUAAAAUGAGGAAAAUAGAGCCUUGCGAAGUUUGCAAUUUUCAGUCAUUGUGCAUUACAAAUGGGAAAUUGCAGCCCCAACACCCGAAUCGUAUGUCAAUAUCCCGUUUGUAAUACAAAAUGACUGAAAAACGGCAAACUUCGCAAGGCUAUAUUAUCUGCAUUUUACAAGAUUUUGCAACAAAACUUUGGAAUAUUACUAAUUUUGUGAUGCUCUUUCAAGCUGUGAUGAAAUUUUUGUCUAGAUCGAAAUUUUAGUUAUAAGGGGAAAGGUCCAUUGAUAAGAAUAACUUUUGUUUUAUUUUUGAGAUUGAAUAUAAAAAUCAGCUACUGUUGCUGAUGGAGGCUUUAUUAUUUAGCAUUAUUAAUUUUGCUGCAUUUUCCCAUUGAUUCUUAACCUGCAUUUUUUACAUUUUCUAAUUUUCUGGGCGAUAGGCUGUGACUGAUGGGGGCCAUUAGUUUUUUAACUAACCCUACCCAAUGAGCAUUAUGCCACCAGACUCAUAGUAUUCAAAGCUAUUGGAUGUUUGAGGAGAUUUUAUGAUAUCCAAUCAGGAUACAAGUCAUUCACAGUUUUGUAUGUAAAAUCAAAUUUUAGUAUGUCCUAUGGAUAUCGGGAUACUGCAAAUUUCAGGCCUUGUCUUGUGUUAUAAUCAGAGUGCAUUGCCACUUAAAGGGUUAUUCAUUAAAUUUAAUUUCAAACAGACUUCUGAAAAGACUGAAGACAAAAGGUGAAGAACAAGUUGAGUUAGAGAAAAGGGAACAAGGUUUCUCAGUUUAUAUCAAUGGAGCAAAUAGAGAAUUUACAGGUUUACCAACAUCAAGAAGGACCAAGACUGCUGAUGGUAAUGUUUCCAUUGUACCAAUUGUUGUAAGAAUUUUUUAAUUAAACUUUGCAUUGGUUCUUGUUCCAUAAUUUUGUUGAGCAGUGAUGUUUUCCAAAUUCAGAAGUGGAGAAUGCUCGUUAAAAUUAAAUGGGCGUGGUCACUUAAUUGGGCAUGGUUGCUUCUACCUGUGUGGGGUUGUCAGGGGGAACACCUUUCCCAGUGAAAAUAGUGGGAGUAUGGCAUUCCCACUGGAAAACAUAACUAGUGUUGAGCUUCUAUCGUUAUGUCUGAUUUCCAGCAAACUCUUAGCUUGCUGGUAAGGUAUUGAUAAUUUUAAGGUGAUCCACAGCACAGCGUAGCCAAGCAAUGUAUAUGCCAACUUGUAUAAGACAUGUAGAAACCUAGUUUUCAUUUAGAGCAUUCAUCAUCCAGAAAAUUAUUGACAAGCGAAUUUCAGUUGAAUGAGGAUACCAAGUAAGUUAGUUGACUGACACUUAUCUUAUAUCAGACUAAAAAAUUAUUGGGGGACUGCGCUUAUGGCAGAUUCUACAUAAAAAUCGGCCAAUUCUAUUUGAAAAUCAGGCAAUUCUACUUAAAAAUCAGGCAAAUGAUUAAAGGGAAGCACAAAGCCGUUAUUUCCAUCAAGGCUUCCCGUAUGUCUGGGUUUCACUUCAGUGUUACAGAAGACGAGACCCAUAAAAGGGAUUCAAUACACUACUGGGCAUUAAUGGGUUAAAUCAUUUUAUUUACAUUGACAGGGAGACAAGCAGAGCAAAAACUGCUCCAACUAAACUGACCAGAAAAGAAUGGAAACCAGUAAGUUUCAUAGUUGUAUCCCUCAGAAGUUUCUAAUCUGGCUUCUUGCAGAUGUCAUUGAAGUUUUUAAUCUGGCUUCUUGCUUCUUGAAGAUUUUCAGUCAUACCUGACUGGGAGACUGGUACUCCGAUGAUUAUUGCGGCGUACUUGAGCUAGUACAAACUCAAUGCUCAAUUUUUUACUUAGUCUUUAAAACACAGUACAUAAAGUACAAGUUUCUGAAAGCUCUUCAAAUUACGAGUUAGAACAAGAAGCACAAUUGCAUAAUACAAACAGUCGACUCCAACAUUCUUUAGUGCCAUCAGUCCAAUCAUGUUUUAUGCCAAGACAUCUCAGACUGACACAUAUACCAACUAAGAUACGGUAUUACAUACCUUAGGCUUGGAAAGGUCAUGUGGUACCAGAAAAAUGUAAGUACGCAGACAGCAAUAAUUCUGCGUACCUACGCGGUAAUUGGUUAAACACAAAGAAGUACCAGACCGUAAUAUUGGCGUACCUCCGGUUCGUAAGUACGCGAAUUAUCGCACCCUCUCAAAGGGUCCAAAUUUCAAAAUCUUCCCAGGGAUACGAUGCCAGACCCCCAAGGUGGGCGUUACCUAUUUCUUUUAAAAACUUACUCCAAAUCCUGUGGGGAACCCUACACCUUUGGAGAGAGCUAAUUGCCAAUGAAUCUUUAUAAAGGUUGGAUUUCGAAUCAAAACUGAACAGGGUGAAAAGUUGAACGUUAAUGUACCAGGUACAGUAUAUAGCGAUCUAAUUUAUAGGAAGUGUACAUUAACUACAUGAAAAUAUAAAAAGAUCUUCGACGUUUUGUGCGAAGGCCCUUACAGUUUGCUGGUUGUGAAAUGAGUAAUGUGAAGUAAUUGAUUUUAGGAAAAGUAACUGGAAUUUACAGUGAAGACUUUGAUGAAAUAGAGGACAGAAGUAGCGAGGUGCGAACACUGUAAUGAAGUGAAGUUUACAUCCAUUUGGUUGUAACUAUCGUGUCCAAAUCGUAUGUGAAAUAGUCUUGAUAUAUCUCGUCUUUUGUGUGUUGUAUGCAAAUCAAUCUUUACUGGCCGUAGAGAUUUUUGGAGACUCUUUUACAUCGAUUAUAUCGGAAACCAUUUGUCAUUAGACUAUGUAUAAUAUAUAUUAUUAUAAGUAAUAGCAUGGCUUGAGGGAGAUUAGUGAUUAAAUGGCCCCGUAACCCGAGGCAGGUUUGCGGAAUUCCCGAGGGCGAAGCCCGAGGGAAUUUCGCAAACCUGCCGAGGGUAAGGGGUCAUUUAAUCACUAAUCUCCCGAAAAGCCAUGCUAUUAGUUUGUAAUAGCAUAGUUUCGCUCCCAUUUAAAAAUGGACAAACAUGCCCUACUUGGAAUCAGCGUAUUUAAGCUAAAACAUUUGCUUCAUUGCUUGUGGGAUGUAAAAGCUUGUUGCACAUGCGCACUUUUACGCUUUAAUCGGUUACGCAUGCGCAAUCUAUCAUUUAACGUACCACAACAAACACGCUAAAUAUAUUAGUAUAAAUUUGGAGACUGCACGUGCGUAAUUUAAAUGAUGCGGCAACUCAGGGAUCGGAUGAUAGACUAUUGACGGCUCUGAGCCAACUGUUGCUGUUCCUUGCACGAUUAUGUGCGUGAGGCACUUGCCUAAUGCGUAGUCGUCAGGGAGACAAAGGUGUGACCCUUGGUAACGGGCGAUUAGUUCUAAUCGCCCGCUCUAGCGGGCGAUUAGAACUAAUCGCCCGCUACAGCGGGCGAUACGUGAUUAAACGUCCCUGUUGAAACAAAAGAAACCCGGGCAACUAUGCUAUUACUUAACAAAUAUAAAACAUUUUCCGUGUUGAUAUACAUUUAUAUCAACACGAGUGGAAUUGGGAAAACGAGAAAUUGUAUGGAAACACGACGCCCGAAGGGCGGAGUGUUUUCAUACAAUUUCGAGUUUUCCCAACUUCCACGAGUGUUGAUAUAACUAUAUAUCAAUACGGAAAAAAUGUUUUAUAUUUUUUUUAUAAUAUAGCAAUGUCAAAAGCCCGAAGGGUAAGAAAAAUUUCCGUGUUUACAAGCGGCGGAAAAUUUCCCGUGUUGACAUUGAGUUAUAUCAACACGGCUCUUAGCCAAUCAGUGUUCAGAAUUUACAAAUGCUAUAUUAUAAAUAAUAAUUGUAUUACAGUUAUUUUUGUGUAUAUAUUUACUUCAUAUAAUCGUAUUUCAUUGACAGAGUGAAGCAUCAGAUAUUAGUGACGAAGAAAGUGAUGGUGAUCAUGUUGAAGAAUUGUCAUUAAGUUUUAACGAUGUACAUGUACGUAGUAUAAUACAGUAUGUAAAAUAUAAUUGGAGUACAGACUAUACAGUGCAGUAGAGUUCAAUAGUCAGAGUACAGUACAGUACAGUACAGUACAGUACAGUACAGUACAGUACAGUACAGUACAGUACAGUACAUCACACUGGAGUACAGCACAGUACUAUAACUUACAGAAUACAGUACAGUACAGACUAUACACAGUCUGUUAAGACGCCUGGCAAAGUUCAAAGCCACAAAAUAGAAGAGCUUUGUUUGAUGUUGAACUGUACCCCACCGUGCACAAAUUCUUUGUCUCAACUUCAUUAGAUAUUAUUCAUCGUGGUUGCACGUUUCAUCUCAGCUAUCCCUAUUGGACGAUUACUUCAUUAUACAAAAAUCUGAAUCACUGUGAUUGUACAUAACACAGUGACCUCUGUUUAGUUUCCAGCCCAUCAUAUCUUGAUAGACAAUGUACUACAGUAGAGUAGAGUAGAGUGGAGUAUACUUUACAGUGCAAUGCAAAGAAAAUACACUACCGGCAGAGUAAACAGUUCUUUCGUGGUUAUUGCAGAAACUACGAAGAAGUCUAGAAAGGGACAGCAGAAUUCUGGAAAGCAUCCAAACUGUGAUUGAGGUUAGCUCUUUAUGAUUUGUACCCAAUGAAGGCCGUUUGGUUUUUAAAGUAAGUACAGCACUGAAUCUGACUUGUGCCCAUUCUAACGAACUUUGGGGACUGGUUCUAGUAAGAGCCUUUUCAUGCAUUUCAGGAAGAUUUUUUAAAAACAUUUUUGAGUGCCUGUGAAAGAAUCAUCAGGCACUGCAUUGUGUUGAUCUUUUUCCAGGUUUUUGUUAAGAACUAUGUUAAUUGUGUGUUUUGCAGCUGAGUAGACAAUCAAAUAGGGUGCAUUAGAGCGCAUCCCAACUUAAUAAGUUAAUAUUCUGUUUUUUCCUAUCAGUGUGACUCCUCAAGUGACGAGGAUAAAACUGAUGCAGACAGACCACAUGACCACCUUGACAUCAAGGAUAUCGAGGACUCCGAGGAUAAUAAUGAACAUGACAGUGCGGAAGAGAUUGAAGAGGAUAUUGAGACAGCUAAUACAAGUCUAGAUUUGAGAGAUAGUAAUGUAGUUGAAAGUAUCCCUCAGUUGAGGGGUAGUUAUGUGAUUUAUGAAGAUACGGCGAAUGAAGCUUUGAGAUCGGCAAGACCUGUGAUUCAUACAAACAAAACUGAGGAAGAUACCGUUGUGCUAUCUUUUUCUAAAGGUAAGUGUGGAUCUUGGUGGCACAGCUGGUACCCCAAGCGAUCAUUGUCAUUUGGCAUGUGGUCUGAAAACUCAACUACUUUGAAACGUCCAUAAUGAGCAACGUUGACACGAAACAGAAAGCCGACUCAGCUAAAUUGCUAAAAAAGCGUAACCGCCGCCACGCCAUGAUUCGCAAUGCUUUCUCAUCAAAAUGUGAGCACCAUCUUCGAGAGGCAUUCACCCUCCUGAAUGUCCGCCUUUUUUACAUGUUUUCAGGGGGGUGAAUGCCUCUCGUAAGCGCACUGGCCAGGAACGUUAACAUGGCGACAACAUUGCAACGGUUACGCCAAAAUCGCAGGCGCCGAUAAGGAGUUGACCUUCCGUGUGGUCUCUAUUCUGUGGUGUAGUCGAGUGGUUUUACGAGGUGAUGUCGUUGGAUAAUCGAUAUAUUCAUGUGUUCAUUUGAAAAUAGUGCUUCAAAGUUUGACUUUACCACUCGCCCAAAAAGGGUUUCUUUUAUUGGACCUCUAUAGGUAGAGCAGUUUAUUAAAACACGAGCAGCAGUGCUUUAUCAGAUAUAAAACACGAGGCGAUGGCCGAGUAUCUUAUAUCUGAUAAAGCACGGACUGCGAGUGUUUUAAAUGGCUGAAAAAGACCCAUCUUAUGAGUUCAUUGGCGAAGUAAUUUUAAAAAUCAACGUUGUCUUCGAGAAAAUCAAAGCUAAAGUUUAUGUAAAUUAAUAUGAUUUUUUAUCACAUAUAAAACCAUCGACACGGUAUUGAUUUCCUGUGUCUUUUCCUCAUGAAUUAUUGAGUUCUAAAACCUCUUGUAUCAACCUUUUAUCAGGUAAACCAGCAAAAAGGCUUUUGUCAGCAACCAGGUAAAUAGCAUGCUGUAUUGUACAUGUAUUUGUAAUUAUUCGAACAUCAGUGAAACGUGAAAUUAAGGAAGCUUGGCAAAACGUAAUAACUGCAUUUCUUUUACACUGCACAGAAAAAGUACAGACGUCAUAGAAGAUAGGGAAGAAUCUAAAGAUAGGAAACCUUACCAUCAACAAACGACCAAGAACAGGUAUGGCAUACCGAAGUGAAGUGGUGUCCGACCUAACUGUGACUUUGUCCAACGUAAAACAAAUUGUGCUGAUAUUAAUUUGUAUCUGCAUUCAUACUUAUUUCCAAGCCAAACUGAUCUCAAAGUCAUCGGACAUCACAAUACAUAUGUCCGCCCCAAACUCAAAGUCGUCGAACAUUUUCUCAGACGGUUCUCUGACCGAUAUUUUAAGGCCUGGGCUUAAUAAAUAUAUAUUAAUUUCCGUCUGAGUGGUAUAGUGUUUGGUUUUUUUUCAUUAGGGUAACAAGUUUACAAACUAAAGAUGACGACCGUGGACCACAUGCCUUGUCUACAACCUCUCGUAAGAAACAAGAAUCAAGUUUUGUCCUUAAUAGCUCGCAAGAUGUGUUAGACGCUGUGACUUUGGAAAACGAUCAAGUCGGUAUGAUGGCAAAUAGAAAAUAACAUGAAAUUUGUGUCUGGUAUCCCACAGAAUUACACUGUGUUUUGUUCAAAGAAACUUUGGGCAGUCUCAAACCUACUAAUGUUUCACAUAUGUAAUUUAUUUUAAAUAUAUUGUUUAUUUUAAUAAAUUUUUCUUUUUCUCAGAAAUCGUCAAAGAGUCGUCCCAGAAGCAAUCCGAUAAAAUAUCUCCAUUGAAAAAUGAGAGUGAUUCGACAAGUCCAAUAACCAAUGAGACGGUUGCUAUGGUUACAAAAAAAGUUCGCAAUAUGAAUGCUAGGUAAGGAUUUGCCGUUGGUAAAAAAGUCAACAUUGUUUUAAGGUCAGGUAGGUAGCUUUUUCAGUUCUAAGUACUAGAUAAAACAUGAGCAGCCGAUCUUUAUCUGAUAUACAUUGAUUAAGCAUUCAUUUCUUUUGUAUUUUCUUCACGAAUUAUUAAUGAGUUUUUUAAAGUACCAUAUACUAUCAAGAUAGUACACAGAGUCUGCGUGGAAACACUCUUGUCACAUUUACAACUGAAGUGAAAUUUUUAAUGGUCAACUGCAAUUGGAAAUGCGGGGAGUAGAUCGUUGUUAUAUGAACUAAACAGUGUGCUACUGUAUUAGUUCUCUUCAAGGACAAUUAUCAACUCUCGUAUGUUUUCAUACAGUCAACAGAAACAGCUGCUGCAUCUUUUGGCUAAAUUGGAUCCUACUGUAGCUCAAAGCGUUUUCCUUCCUACUAAAGUGCAACCAUCAAUUGCGUUUGGAUCUCCAGAAUCUUCACCAACAGAAUCUCUAUCACCUAGAGACGAUGUUCUGGUAAGGUUACCAUUUCAUGCCAUAGUUAAGCAUGGUGUGACCACACCCUACCAUACCAUACCAUGUCAUAUACCAUAUCAUAUCAUAUCAUGCCAUACUAUACCAUAUACCAUACCAUAUCACACCAUGCCAUAUUAUACCAUAUACCAUGUCAUGCCAUAUUAUACCAUACCGUAACAUACUAUACCAUACCACACCAUAACCUACAACACCAUACCAUACCUUUCCAUACCAAACCACACCAUACCAUCAUGGUCCAUACUAUACUGUACCUCACCAUACAAAAUCUACUUGAGCUUUACCAUUCUGAUAUUUUCUUAGGAAACAGAAAUAAAACCUACAGCUGAUAAAAGCAACAGUUUGGAAGUGAAAUUUGAAAUAAAAUCAAACUGGAGUCACCCUUCAGAGAUCGGUCUUACAGAGGUGCGUGUGAUUGGACAUACUACUAUUACCAAAUCCUAUCUAGGUUAUUUUUGCUAUAAGAGACAACUAAGUUCGACACAAUCCUUUAUUUCUGUUCAAUUUUGUAGAUUCAGUUUUUCGACUGUGAUGGUUUGCUUAUCAAUGUCCCAAAACAUCAAAUCAGUUUAUCCACUGAAACCAAAGGUCAAAGCCCUUUAUCAAAUUUGAUCAACGGCAAAACCAAGGUAAGCUAACCUAAUUAACUAAUUAAUUAACUAAUUAAUUAGCUAAUUAAAAAAGGUAAGCUAAUUAGCUAAUUAAUUAACUAAUUAGCUAAUUAUAUUAUGUUAUUAAAAAAAUUAUAUUUUAUAAAAGUAAAAAAAAAAUAGCUAAUUAAAUAGUUCAUUACUUAAUAACUUUUGAACUCAAUUAGUGAAUUAGCUAAUUAAUUAAUCAGUUUAAAUUAAUUAAUUAAUGAGCCAAUUAACUUUAAUAAUAAGCUCAAAAGUUAUUUUGGGACCGGUUGUUGGAAAGUUGAUUAGCUAUAUCUAAAUUAAUAUAAAUAUCUAAAAUAUUGUAUUUAUAUGAGCUAGCGUAGUUGGUGUCUGAACUGCUUGAAGAAAAUUAAAUAGCACUUCAAUGUCCCGAGCGAGUAUUUUAUUUUGACAGACUAGCAAUGAAAGAUAUAUGUGGAAAUGUCCUUACUCCUCUGGAGAAGUCAUCACGUUGUCUUUCCAAAUUCCCUGUCAGUGGACGACGGGAGAGCACAAUGUAGCAAAGAUCAAAGUUUGGAAUUAUAACAAGAAAAUGAAGGUUCGCUUUGUGUAACUAUCGACCUAUGUUCGACAACAUCCCUUUGCAUAAAUGCUAAUCUGGCUUACAUUAUCAAAGUUGCUGUGAUCAUAGUAGGAAUUUUGCACAGGUAAAUUCUGUAAAGUAAGUUUUGAAGGAUUUGUAAGAAAUGUUUGAGGGAACUGGCUCAGUGUUUAACACUAAGUCAGUUCUCUCAAACAUUUCUUACGAAUCCUUCACAACUUAGAAUUUACCCAUGCAAAAUUCCUACUGUGAUCACAGAAACUUUGAUCAGUGUAAACGAGCCUUAUAAUUUAAUAGCUUAUAACAGCCCUUUGCAUCAAUUUUAAUCUAAGUCAAAACAGUAAGCGACUGGGUGGCAUGGAGAACAUUGGAAUGUCCAAAACAGUGAAAAGACAAUGAAAUAUUCAUAUCACUGGAUCGUGACUGUGUGAUACUGUAUUGUUAUGCUAUUGUUAUAUCAUGUCAUUUAUAAGCUGAAAGGAGUUUUUUAAUAGUGAUUUCAAGCAUCGAAAAGUUAAAAAGAUGUUGAAAAAAGAGGCAUUUGCGGAAAUACUGUAUAGAAACUCAUGUUAAUUAUGUAUUUUGGUUGUUAAGGAUUUAAGUGUUGGUGUGAAGGAAGUGAAAAUAUUUACAAAUGGAAGUUUGGUUUGGGAUGGUAUAAUUGAUAAGGUAUAGUGUAGCAAAUAUACACCACAUUUAUCAUCGGUAACUUCAUUCUUGUGCUUUGCCAAUGGGCUAAAAUUACAGUGGAUGGUGUCGAUAGCGUUUUCUGAUUGGUUGAUAUGUUUUUGUUUGGUUGUUGGUCCAUUGUUGAUUGAUUAAAACCCAGCACACGCUUGCCUUUCAAGCUAGGAGAUCCGGGUUCAAUCCUUGGUCGGACCUCUACUCGAGGUCUUAAAAAUAAACAGAGGAGAAAGAGCUACCUUUACACUGGCAUCAGUAAAUGGUUAAAUUUUUGCGUCUUUGGAUAAGGACGUUAAAAUCGUAGGUACCUCGGAUCCCCAAUCAAUAGAAGAUUCCCCUUAUUACGUUUCGUAGCGCUUUGCAUUGUGGUUAUAGUGUUAUCACUGAUAUUCAAGAUGGCUUAUUUUUUCAUUCAAUAUUUUCAUUCGAGGCUGCUAUCUUUAUCAGUGAUACCACUAUAACCACAAUGCAAAGCGCUACGAAAACGUAAUAAGGGGAAUCUUUUAUUGGGCAAUAACCUGUUGUGAAAUCCGCUCACCAAUGAAUGAGAAACUCCAUAAACUUAAACUGAAAAAUGAUAGUGGGAAAUUUAUAUUUUAGGGAUGCGGAAAUCAGAUUUACGAUUACGCUGAAGUGGUCUAUUUGAAAUCCAAAGAAAAAAGCGACGAAAUUACUGGCGGUGCGGAGGUUUGUAAGAAUGUUGCUAUAUACUGCUGCUACGUGGAAGGCUGAAGAUAUUAAAGAAAAAUUUAAGUAUAUUAAUAUUUUGAGCUACCAGAGUAAGGUCAUACAAAUUGUUUCACAUAUAUAUGAUACCAUAUUUUCUGCCUAGAAACAAGAUUUUAACCAGGUCGUUCAGAGUGAAUCACCAACACCUCAUUAUAGUGAAGAUGAACCUCGUUCACCUGACAUUGUCGUGGAAUCUUCAGACACAACGUCUUCAAAGAACCGAGGACCAAAACCAAUUUUUCAGAAAGAGUAAGGCAAAUUUAUAUACAAUAAUAUACUAAUUGAUGCACUUUUGCCAGUUAGGUAUUAAAACGUGUCUGUAAAGUUGUUGAAUAAGUUUUUAUUAAUAGUUUCUAUUCUUCUCACCUUGUACGAGUCGUUUACUUCCUAAUGUAGCAUUUCCGAAAAUAUUUAACAUGUUAUAUCUAUUAUUAAACAGUGAGAUUUUCAAGUCAUUAGUGGAAAAUGGAAACGAAAUAUCAGGAGAAAAGGACUUUUCCAAGUAUGUCUUAUUAAACUAAUAUGUAUACUAUUCAAAACAUGGGCAGAAGUGCUUUAAUCCUUUAAAUGGCAUUGCGCCCUAAUGCUCCCUUAUUAUUUUACUCUGUCUAACGACAGACGAUUCUGUACUCGUCAAGGGGAGAGUGCUGGUACUUGGUGGGUUAAAUCAUGCACGCAUCUUUUAUAUACCGUUAAGCUAGGCUAGGCUGCAUCCGGCUUGUUAUAGGCUGAAUUAAAGGUAUCCUUUUCGCCUGGCAGAAUAUUGUAGGCCAGGAUAAACCUACGGUAUUACUCACAUAUGUUGUCUAUUCAUAUUUUCCAACAGAACGGAAAAUGUGAAACUUCCUAGAAAACCACCUUGGCUGGACGAUAUGAAGGAAAAACGGUAUAUUUAUUAGGGUAUAAACUUAUGCAGUCUUAGACUUAAAAUCUAGUUUACACUAUCAAAGUUUCUGUGAUCACAAUAGGAAUUUUGCAUAGGUAAAUUUUGAAGGAUUUACUAGAAAUAUUUGAGGGAUCGCAACUGACUUGGUGUUUAACACUGAGACAGUUCCAUCAAACAUUUCUUACAAAUCCUUCAAAACUUAGAAUUUAUCUAAAUGCAAUCCUCCUAUACUGUGAUCACAGAAACUUUAAUAGUGUGAACCAGGCUUAAUAAGAUUACAUAUAUUCCAGGUGAUCUCGGAACUUGAAAAAGGCCUGGCACUAGUUGUAAAAUAGAAAUCCAUUUCUGGUUUAAAAUUACUCAAUGUCUCAUCAACGGUAUUAGAUUACUACUUCAAAUUUGUCCCAGGCAUUCAUUUCCCUUGUGCAAGACACAGACACAAAGUUUCAAACAGUUUCACAAAAGAAUCAGGACGUGGCAAAUGAUUAAAUGUACGAAACUGGAUUUCUAUUCUGUUGCUAGUCCCAGUCCUUUUGCUCACCGUCAGAUCACCUGGUUCUUGACGUAUAUGAAUUUCUUCCAGGUCUACCUCGAGUCACGGGCAGUCGACUUCUUUGCAGACUUCUGUAAACUGGCUGGACCACGCAGAUUGCGGUACGUAUUGAUCGCGAUUCUCAAACGUAUUAAGUUAUUUGUUUUUCUAUUAUUGUAGUAUUCAACAGUUAUUCAGCUGUACAUAUGAGCCAAGCCAGCCCGGCUAGCUGGGAUUAAUCGUGUCGCGAAAAAUGUUUUUCUGACCAUAAAAGAUCGUUUCAAUGAACUUUAACCUGUUACUGGAAUCAAUUUUGAAAUGUCGUUUUGCAUGUUUGUCAAAGUCGUGAUGAGAGCUUUAUGGGGGUUAUUAAUUGAUAUGGAGCCAGACUGGCAGAAUUUAGUCCCCCAAUAGACCCAUUGCACAUGACAUCACAGCGCCGGUGAUGAUGCAUCUGGAGGACAAAUUAGCAAUCUAUGCAUGAUAUAACUUUUGUAAACAAAGCAAAUUUUGUAAAAGUUUAUAAUAAUUUUGUAUUAAAAUGGUUAAUUUUUGCGCUGUAUGUGGUUGUUGUACCCGAACAGAUAUUGUUAGGGAGCAUCUGGAGGACACUCUAAGGAUUUGUGACAUCAGUGCAAUGGGUCUAUACCAGUCAACUCCGCUAUUGAAUGCUUUAUUACCUCUAUUCAGCCCUAGUCCACCUUUCUAAUAAGCCCUCAGUCCACAAGCGCUGAAAAAUAAUACCAUCCCACUCUCUAACUGUGUUUUCAAAACAAUCUGUUUUCCACUGCAGAUAAGAAGAAAGACUCAGAACUCUCCCUUGUAGAUGAUCCUGGUUUACUUGAUCAACCUAAAACGAGAUCCAGGCCAUCGAGUGGACGGCGUAGCAGCAGAAACCAGACGCCAGACAGUUCUAGGAGGACAACACCCAGACCUGAGAGUGGAAGGCGGUCUGUUGAACAACCACAUGAAACGCUAGAACUACAUGAACAACUAACAAGACUAUGGUAAGAUACAGCACAGUUUAAAGGCUGUUUACGCUAUCAAAGUUUCUAUGAUUGCGUAGAUAAGUUCUAAGUUUUAAAGAAUUUGUAAGAAAUGUUUGAGGGAACUGAUUUGGUGUUUAACAGUGACUCAGUUCUCUCAAACAUUUCUUACAAAUCCUUUCAAAACUUAGAAUUUACUUUAUAGAGGUCCGGUAAUGAUCGUCCCAUUUUUGGCCCUGUGUUACUACGGGUGGAAACCUAAACUAAACUAACUUUACUUAUACUGGUCAUCUCUGUCAGUUCUAAACUGUUCCCUCAGAAGUCCAAUAACGACCUUUAAUCCUACAGUAUUGCUACAAAAAGAAACCUCAAUCGGCUGGGAGAGUAAAACUGGAAAAAAAAACGCUUCUCAAAUGUGGUUAUUGUGACUGAAUUGAAAUUAUAACAAGACAACUUCAUAUUUCAGGAAUUGUAUAAAGAUGCACGUGUAUCCUAUAUUUUUUUCAGUACUAUAUUUUUUCCACCAAGAAUUUCUCACUUUUUUCCCCACAUUUGUUUGCACUGAAAAAUUUCCCAUUUUUUCCCAAAAUUGUUUCCCCACACUCUUUUUUACACUUUCAAUCCGCACUCCCUAUCGAGUUGCAUAAACUGACCAAAUCAAAACUAUAGCGAACAAUAUAAUAUUUUUCUCGCAGUGUCGGUGAAGUAUCACCCGAAGAGAAUCCAGGUGAACAAGAACGAUGGUUAGAAGAAUCUCUUAAUUCUCUCUCACAGUUCAAACGAUGUCAUCAGGGAAGAAUAACUCCGUCGAAUAAAAUAGAAAUGGAUCGUCAAGGUGAGUAUACUAGCGGAUAGUAAGAGGAACACAGUGUGGAUUACGCCUUUAGAGUUAAGAUUAGAUUAGGGUUAAGGUUAGAGUUUGGGUUAAGGAUUAGGUUUAAGAUUUAGGUUAGGGUUGACCAAGUGCCAAGUAUUACGGCCCAUUUCCACUCAAGAAAAAUUUCCACGGACAGAAAAUUUUCCGAAAAUUCUUCAAAAUUUUUCCGGCGGAAAAUUUGUGUCGGCCAAUCACAUUUAACAAAAUUUUCUUUCUGCGGAAAAAUUUCCUGAGUGAAAUGGGUCUUAACAGUCACCUAUGAAGUUUUUUAUUAAACAGGAGCCGAUCUGGCCUCAUUUGUUAGAGGGGAUGGAGGUUUUCCAGAGGGGGUACAUUACUAUGGGGCAUUCUCACCAUGGAAAAUUUAUGAAAUUUGAAGCCCUAAAUGUCAUUUCAUGCAUUCAGAGCACUACGUUUAUUCGUUAAAUUUGUCCUCACAGUACUUAAGAAAAGUGCUACGUUAUAUGGUGACUCAUUGUAUUGGUGUUUCAAUAUUUUCUCACGUACUCGAAAAUCAAUCGUUUCAAUAUAAUAUGUAGUAUUCGCAACUCAAAAAGCGGCAAAUAUAAACUUAAUAUGGAAUACCAGAGUUUUCUUUAAGGGGGAUCCACCACUGCUUUUUAAAACUUGUCCAUACCUAGUGAAGUUUUCAAAACCAAAACAACGUGAAACUUUGUGAAGGAACACAUCGAAAGAAAUGUGUAAUAAUAUUUCUAGGGGACGCUUUAGACGCUCUACUAAGACCAGAUCGUCAAAGAAACAGUGAAGAAGAGACUGAUAUCGACAAUCCAAGGUAAUGUGUGUUUCGAGUCCAGUAAACUAAACUAGACCAUAGUCAAUGGAAUGAGAAGGUUAAGGAACUCAAUGCAGACAUAAUAGACCUCGUACAAGAAAUGGUCGGUUCAUCGUCACGUGUGUAUUGUAUUUCGCAAACCAAUCGAUAACUGUACCAAUAAAUCAAUCAAUGGUUUGAAACAUGAUGAUUAUAUCUUUUAGUUUUAUCGAUGACUUUAUAAUUCCUGAGCUUCCCAAUGGCCAACGUCUUGUGAUAAAUAUUCUGACAACCUGGGGAGAUCAAUAUUAUGUUGGCUUGAAUGGAAUUGAGGUUUUUAACAGUGCUGGUAAACCUGUGCAGAUAUCAAAAGUAAGUGUAAUUUAGCUUCAGUAUUGUAAAACACUCGCUGAGUAAUUGUUUACAAUUUUCCAACUCACUAGCAGAGUUUUCUGGAGCCGUGUUCUACAGAAAUGUAAAGGCUAAAAUAGGCGGGACUUUCACCUCAACCAGCCCUCGGGUUCUACCCUACAAACUACCCCACCCAACUACCCAAUCCAACUACCCCACCCCACCCCACGCAACCACCCAUCUAACCAACCUACACCACCCAUCCACCCACCUUGGGGAUAGCUACCCCUGACCCAUGGUGGUUCAAGUAAACUCAAUCUCUAUUAUAAUCUUAAUAAUUUUAGAUAACUGCCGAUCCUUCUGAUAUCAACAUUCUUCCCGAAUACAACAAGGAUCCAAGAGUUGUGUCUAACCUCAUCGACGGAGUAUAUUUUACAAGGUAAAACUAAACUAUAACUUUGUUUACACUAGUGAUAGGUCUAGUAAGGGCAUCCCUUAUUGGUCCACGGAGGAAAUCCGCCUACGCAGGAGUUUAUGAUUUUCGUGUAGAUAUGAGCGAGUUUAUGAGCGUAUCGGAUUUUGGUAUCCUCAUGAGCACGCUCAUAUAUGUACCAAUAGCCUGUAAUAUGUUCAUGAGCAAAUUUUCUUAUUUUAUUAAGAAAUAUUUCUCAAAAUAAGUAUUUUAUUUCUCAAAAUAAGGAGAUGAUUUUUUGCUGUGUACUGAAUUUAUGGCUUGUUUACAAGUUGUUGUGGCAUGAAGAACUGAUUCCGAGGUGUGAUACUUUGGAUUUUCAUUUUUAGGGACGACAUGCAUCUAUGGCUGGCGCCGUUCACAGAAGGGAAGAAUCACUUUAUUUAUAUCGAAUUCAAGGAGGUCUCUACGUUGGCCAUGAUUCGGAUAUGGGUAAGUCGAUCUUGAAAAUACUCUGUAAUUCCUAAGACCAUUGAGUUUGAGUGUCUAGGUCUAAAAUGAUAUAUAGAUUUUCUUUUCGAACUAGAUGCCCAGAAUCAUGAUAAUUAGGUUUGAUGUCAGUUUGGGACUUCCAGAAAUUACAUACAUAUGUACCUACUUUAUUCAUCUCACUCCCCAUUGGGGGCUUUUCAGUGACCGACGACAUCAAGUAUUAUAAAGGAUGGAUUUACUGGGGGGGGGGGGGGGGCGCACCUCCCUAGCCCUGGCUAGAGACAAAAUGAGAUCAGUAAUUUGAGCAAUAGCAUCAUGAUGACAAGCGAACUGUGAACAACAGUUACAAUUCAAAUACAGUAUGUUGAUGGGCGGGCGGCGCACACGACCGACACAAUUCGGCACCAGAGCUGGCAGAGCACUCCCCCCCCCCCCCUACUAGAUCAUGCUGGAUCCAUCCCUGAGUAUUAUGCUCACUCGUAUUGCUUACUUGUCUUGAAAAUUUGUCUAGAAAUUAACUAUGUUUAUCCUAGACCAGCCCUGUCAACUUUCCCUGUGGGAGGAAACCGAAACACCCGGACAAAACCCACGAGAAACUCACGACUUUCGGCAGAGUGUUGACAGCAAGCGAUAUAAAUUUUAACGCAACACACGCUGUUUUUAUAGAAUUACAACAAGUCAAGGAUUCAUUCGUUUCGUGGAGCGAAAGAUAUCGAAGUAUUUCUAGAUGAUAAUUUGAUAUUUCGUGGAGAGAUGGCAAGGUUUGUUAUGAUGUAUCAAUAAAUGAGGUUUGUCUUUUUUCGUUCUUUCACGCUCGUUUAUCUUUUAGAGCGAGUGGUGAACUUGGAUCAUCAGAGACGUUUGGGGAUGUAUGUAUACAAUUUUUAUUGAGAUUUGAUUUCCUCUUGCAAGAAAAAAUUAGAAAAAGAAUAAGGGAAAAAAUUCACACGAUUGACUGGCCCGGUUUAAAUAGAGAGAUCUGUUGAAAAUUAUACGGUUUCAUCUUUUACAAUAAAAGUUAAAGGGUUCGUUCUCCAACUCAACCAUAAAGUACAACAUGUGGAUGAAUGUUCCUGCGAUAUUAGGAAGACUAUUAGUGAAUUUGGUGGAAAACUUUGACCCCAAAACUUAGGAUCCCAGAAACAAAAAUAUUAUUAAUUUUCUGCUAUGCUUUCUAUUUCAGACAAUAUUAUUCACAAUGAAUGAAGAAAUUCUGGAAGCGAUGGCAGCAAAUGAUCAAACCUAUGAACCAGAUGUCGACGAAGAUGAAGAUUUCUUGCAGACCAGUAAUAAUUUCAGAAGACCCGUUACAGCUGACACUGGUGUCGAAACAGUAAGUGCGUUUACCGGAGAGACUCGAGCUUCCCUUGAGUGUCAAUGCUGUUUUUGAAUAACUAGAGGAUGAGUAGUCACAUAGUAUACAAAUAAUGAAUGUUUAUUCGUGCAAUGGUAAGAAUAUUUUCAUGAGGUGUAAGAUGGAAUGUUUCAUUCAACGAGGCGACAGCCGAGUUGAAUGGAACAUUCUCCCUCCCGGGGGAGGGGGGGGGGAGGGGAGGGGCAUCCAAAGCUUUCUUAUUUUAUCUAUUGUAAAUUACAAUAAUCUUUAGGAAACGUUAGAACGGCCAUAUACCUGUCCUAAAGAACGGCGAAAACCAACAGUAGAGUCCACCUAUCCAAAUAAAAUUAUUGAAGGUAUGUUAUAGGAUUUUUGUUUGUAGUAUAGAACCUAUAUAGGGUUUACAUAUAACAAAAAAAUCCCGUGGUUCCAGUUUUAUACGUCAUGAAAAAAACAUACGGUAGGUAGGUCGGAAAAUAUUUUUUUAUUUUUUUGUUUGACGUUCAUCAGCAAUGGCCAUCAGUGUGAUCUGCAUGUUGGUAUUACCACAACGCACCAACAUUUCAACAGGAUAGUUUUUGUUAGUCCUGUAGCACUUUAUUAACAUUUUUUUGCUUCGUUCUAGAAGACAUAAUAGAUGGAGAAGAUGACUGUGCUAAAAAUUUCUUUGGACAAGGUAACUAGCAUACAUUUAAUUUUUGUGGAAAUGGUUCUUGACAAGGUUGCAUGCCCAGCUCAGGAUUCUCAAGUAAGAUCCUGCAUCUGAGCAUUCCUAUUACAUUGUGUUUCAGUGCUGGAGUUGAACUUGGUCGAGACGUGGGGAGAUAUGUAUUAUCUUGGUCUCACAGGGCUUCAAAUACUUGGUACUCAAGGCGAAGUGAUUGAUCUCACAUUUGAUAUGCUGCAGGUAUUUUCAUCUUAAAAUGCUAUUUCAGGGAUCGACCCAUGAUCAGAUCUGGCUGGAUCGAUCCCUAAUUGGAUCAAUAGGCAUGACCCUCUAGUAUAAGCUAUCCAAAAAAAACUGUAUUGUGUAUAUUUGUUGCAGGCGUGCCCCAAAGAUCUCAAUGAGUUACCGGAAUACGAUGACGAUGAUCGGACAUUAGACAAGUGAGUAUGAAUAAUAUUCAGGAAAAAUAUACAUAGCAUGUUAUACUGUACAGUAUUUCACUGUAUUGACGAAGCCCCGAGAGUACUUUCUAUGAACUGAAACACGAAUCGUUUUGUCCGUUGGGACUCAAUCCUCGACUGGGCAAUUCCUAAUAUUGCUUAACAGAACGAUAAAUUAAAUAAGUUUUUAAUUUCAAAUAUAGAGUGAUAGAUGAUGUGAAUAUAACGACUAGUGACGAACAUAUGUGGUUAAUUCCAUUCACUCUUGGUGAAAAUCAUUUGUUGACCAUCACUUUGAAACAACCCAUGGAAAUCACUGGACUACGUGUGUGGAACUACAAUAAAUCUCCAGAAAGUACUUAUAGAGGGGUAUGCAUAUUUCAAUAAGGGUCAUAUUUCAAUAAGGGUCAUAUUUCAUAUUUUUAAGGGUCAUAUAUACAUAGGCGUAUGGGACAGGGGGGGCAGCUGCCCCCCCCCCAAAAAAAAAAGAUUACAAAGUCGAAAAGUCGGGCAAAUGUUCAACAAAAGUCGGGCAAAAGUCGGGGAAAAAGUAGUCAAAGCAAUAAAAUCUCUCGUAGUAAUACCGGCCCAGUUUGUUGGGCAAACCAAGCCAGUUGAGCAAUAUUCGCUUCACAGUCGGGCAAUAUUGGGUUAUUAUAAAAAUAAAUGGGACAAAUUCUGCCAAUUUUGCGGGAAAUUUUGUCAAUUCUGUGAUGUUUGGGGAAAUUUGUUUGAUGUUCCGAAAAAUUUUGGUAUGUCCGAAAAAGUUUUCGACCCCUAAAAUGGUACACUGACCGAAUUUUUUUUGGGGAGGGGGGGGGGUCGCCAAAAUUUAUUGUUCCGGAAAAAAAUAUUUUCGGGCACUGGUCGGGCACAAUUCGAAAAAGUCGGGCAAAUUUCUUUCUGCCCCCCUAAUUUUUUCCUUCCCGUACGCCUAUGCAUAUAUAAGUAGGUUUCCUGGGAGGGGGGUGUAGUUCUACCCCCAGAAAACAUCGGUAUACACCAUGUCAAAAAAUCAACAUCCACGAGUAAUUGAGGUGAUACUACCCUGAGUCGUCCCACGCCAAUUGCUUGACCGUGGUGGGUACCGAACCCUCAACCUUUGGUUUGGCAGUCCAAUGCUCGAACAACUACAUGUACGAGGUGAAGUUGGUUCGAGUAGAUGGUAUCUUGGAGCAUAUAUAGUCUAGUUUCUUUGAUAUCUGUAUAUAUAAUUUAUGAUUAGUGAUUGCUUGUGGGUUCGAUCCCCACCACAGUGACACAGUCAAGCAAUCUUUCAGCUCGCGCCGUGUUUAACCACUCAGAAGAGUAUCUCAGUAGACCUGCAAGUAUAUUAUAGAUGGCAAUGGAAUGAACAGUUAGCCGAUUAAUUUUUGUCAAUACUACGACUGAAUUAAAAUGUUUUAUUCGGUCCUGCUGUAGUGCUAUAUAAAACAAGAUCAAUCCAUUAUAUAACAUAUUAAAGCUUGUUCAGCCCGUGAGCUAAUUCUUGCCAUGAAUAUUGGUUAUAGGUCAAAAGGAUAGUCGUCAAACUUGAUGAAAGAAUAAUUGGCAGCAAAGAAGGAAUUUUAAUCAGAAAAGGUUUGUAUAGAAUUACCUGAUCGUCGCACUACAUGUUACGUUUUCUGACAAAUAUAAAUUUUUUUUACAUUCAGGUACUGGUCAUUGCCAUUUUGAUUUUGGUCAAGAAAUUUCAUUCCUAAAUCCGCCGAGAAAGCCUGAAGCGAAACAGCUCAAUGCAGUAACGUAUGUUUAGAAACUUUAUUUAUUUAUUCAAUAUUAGACACAUCUCUUGGUCGUAGCAAGAAAGAGUUUAAUAAUUUUGUUCAGCUCAGUUUAGUUUAGUUCAGUUUAGUUUUGGUGUUUAUUUAAAAGGUUGCGGUUUUAUUUUUUUGUUUAGAAAUGACAAAGCCACUGGUGAUUGUGAACUUACGGUUAAGCCAUGCGGCUGUAUCCUUCAAAUGUUUGAAACGAAUAUGUAAUUUAUCUCAAGUUUGACAUUCAUGUAUUUCAGGGCAAGAAAGUAAAAUAAAGAGGGACAGAAAGUGCUGAUAGGUUUAUUGCGCACAUUUCAUGCAGCUGUAGUGCAUAUCCCAGUUAAUGAUCUGUCAAGUAUACAUGUAUCAUAUAGAGUUUAAUUUUUCCUUGACAUGUUUUGUUUAGUCGUAUUUCAGUUUCAAUUGUUCGGAUCAUGGGGUGAUCCUUAUUAUCUUGGUCUCAAUGGAUUGCAGUUUUUUGAUGAGCAAGGAACGUUGAUAGAACUAAGCCAAAAGAGUAUCCUUUGUUUUUUGAAAUUAAUUAGUUUAUCUGAAAGUACAAGAAUUGUUACCACCACAAUCAGCAGUCAUCGUCAUUACUAUUAUUACUAUUAUUACUAUUAUUACUAUUAUUAUUACAACAUAACAACCAUCACCCCACAAUCAGCCCCACCAUCAACCCCGCCAUAACCGUCAUCGUCACCAUCAUUAUCACUACCACCACCAUCACUAUCAACACCACCAUGAUUACCAUCGCUACCACCACCAUUAUCACUAUCACCAUCAUCACCAUCACUACCACCAUAACUACCAUCAUCACUACCACCAUCAUUACCAUCACUACCAUCACUACCACCAUCAUCAUCACCAUCACUACCACCAUCACUACCACCAUCAUUACCAACAAUAUCCUGUCCACCACCAUAACCAUAACAAACAUCAUAGCAACCCCAGUCAUAACCAUCAUCAUCACCACCAUCAUUAGUUCACCAAUGAGCAAUGUCGAUAACUCCGUUUCAUUUCCUCAACUUACCAAGAUGUCACGGCGUACCCUGAAAGUGUUAACAUUCUGGAAGGAGUCAAAGAUGAUGUGAGAACCCCAGCAAAGUUAAUUGAUGGAGUCAAUGAUACUGACGAUGGUCGACACAUGUGGUUGGUUCCAGUCUUUCCUGGACUGGUAAGAUUUGAAAAUCAGAUUACAAAAUUAAAGAUUUCAUAAAUUAAUGCUAGAACUGUGAUGUUUUUGGUGACUUUGAUAGAGGCAAACUGAAAGCACUCUUUUUACAUUCAACUAAAGGCCGAUUUACAUACACAACUUUUGCCAAAAACUGUCGCAUGCAACCUGCGUACAACUUGAGUUGUACUGUGUAAAUCAAGCAUACGACUCGCUUACGACAACGUAAGCGCGGCAAAAGUUAUGUAGUGUAAAUCGGCCUUAACGGACUGAGACGAAUUUAUAAUCAGAGAACUGCCUACUGCGAGAAUCGCAACCUCGUACCCAGGGUCCCCGUGUUUAAAGGCUCUGGUGCACGUGGGUACGAGGUUUCGAGAAUCGAACCAGGUUACAGAGGUAAAAACACAUACACAACGGCACUGAACAUUUGCCUCAAAAAUUGUCAUGGAAGAACAAUUUGUAUGACACGAUAAGACAAAAGAUUGGGUGUCAUUGGCACAGUUUGAAGGUAAAAUUCAUAAUCUUCAAGCAACUGUAUAAUUAGAUUUCUAAGAUUAUUAGUUAUAUAGUAAGUCCUAUUUUAAUUUCAGACUAAUUUGUUGUAUGUGAUAUUCGAUGAGCCGACCACAAUAUCCAUGAUAAAACUAUGGAACUAUCGCAAAACACCAAUCCGUGGAGUUCGACAAUUUUCAGUAAGUUGUAGUAUAGUAUAGUAUAGUAAAACUUUAUUUAACCACUCUUCCCUCAUCACCCAUGGAUGAUUUUCAUGAGGGGCGUCACACAAAUUACAUUCUAAAAACUAAUAUAAAUUAAAUAUGAAAUAGAAUAACAUAGAAUAACAAAUACGUAGAUAAAAAAGUUAAAAAACCCUAUUCGAUGCCUGAUUCUGUAGCACACAUUAUUUUAUCAAAUUUUUUAAGCUACUUAAAGAUUCUGUUUGCUUUGCCUGCGUAGGUAAACUAUUCCAUAGAACAGCCCCGCUAUAUCCAAAACUCUUUUUUAAAUAUUCAGUACGUGGUUUAGGAACUGAAAGAUUUAUAUAGAGAUGAGAUUUAUAUAGAGAUUGUAGAGAUCAUCACUGUGUAUUUUGAAAAUUACUCGUCCCGCGAUGAAAUCUUACGUCGCUUGACCAGGGCGCGGUCAAGUGACGUUUCCUUUCAAGACAUGAUGUCAGACGUACCCGUGAACCGACUUUUAAGUAUGACUUUUAAAGUAAAACUUCUAAACUUUUAAUUACAAUUAUACGGCUUGGUAAGGUCAUAUGGUACCAGCAAAAUGUACCAGUGAGGUACGACGUCAAAUUUUGAAUUAGCGCACCCUGUUCUGAGUUGACUAUUCACCAUAGACAACGAGGCCGAAUUGUCUAAUUGCUUUAGUAUUCACUCGUACUCAAAAUACAAACUCCAAGCGAUAAAUCUUAAUAACAUUUAUCCAAAGGUCCUACUUGGGGCGUUUGAUUGGAACCAGAUUACGUUUUCAGCAAAAAAAUUCGACGCAAUGAUAAAUAUACAUUUUUUUUUAUAGAUUCUAGUUGAUGACUUGCUGGUAUUUAAUGGAAUUCUUCCUCAAGUGCCAACUGUGGCCAGAGGAAUUCUACCAAACAUGAAUAUGUCUGUACCAUAUGCCGCCAUCUUGUUCACAGAUGACGAGACGAUCGGAAGAAAGGAAAAAUCUUAUGCCAUAAAGUAAGGGGUUGUGUUUCACAUUGUUUAUCUCUUUUGUUGUCCAUUGUCCUCAGUAGCCCAGGAACAGCAAUUAAGCUUGAUUGUCCAAAUGGAGAUUGAACUCUUGCCGAACUUGGGAAAUCCACAAAUUUAGCUUUCAUCAAGUGAUUCGAUUCCAUUCAGACAAAUUAGAAUCUUUGGUGAAAUUAGUUUCUAUUUAAGAGAUAUCGCGGUUCUGCGCAAAAUUUUCUCAACCAGAAAUAGUUCGUUCCCAGUUCUCAAUACCUCAUACGAGAAUAACCAGAAAGUUUUUAAUAUCGUUUCAAGUGGCGGAGGAUUUUUUGAAAGCCAAGAAGUUUGUUUGAUGAACGACAAGACAGAUUUUCAACAAGAAAAGACGACGGGUAAAGACGCUGAUCAAGGUACAGAGGAAUUUAUAUUGAAAGAAUAAGAUUAACAUUUCUAUAGCGAAAAUUUUUAUGUGCAUGGAUAUGAUCAGAUUUACUGUAUUUACAUCAAGUAUUAUACGCUUACGUAAUUACAUACGUAGCCUAGACUAUUGAUAUUUUUACAACAAUUGUGGUAUUACUUUCUUAACUGUGUUUAUCCUAACCCACCCUGUCAACUUUCCCUGUGGGAGGAAACCGGAGCACUCGGAGAAAACCAUAGAGAAAUAUUAGACCUGUCUAUUAUUUCUAUGGAGAAAACACACGACUUUCGACAAAGCGUUGACUGACUCUUUUCACACGAGUCCGUAGCGAGAAUCGAACCCACGAACUUAGAAUUGAGGACUGUAGAAAACAACACAUGGUUAUAUUUCGAUAUUGUUUCAAAAUCAUACCACGCAUAUUGGUCUCUUGUUGAUAAUUCAAAUAUUAAGUGCACAACAUACCCUUAUGUGUGUUUUUGUUUUGUCUGCUGGAACUGGUGGCUUACACUAUCAAAGUUUAUGUGAUCACAGUAGAAAUUUUGCAUAUGUUUUAAGGAUUUGUAAGAAGCGUUUGAGGAAACUGACUCAUUGUUUAUAACACUGAGUCAGUAAGUCAAGUUCCCUCAGACAUUUCUUACAAAUUCCCCAAAACUUAGAAUUUAAGCCCGUUUUCCACUAGGCGAAUUUAUUCGCGCGAACAGAUAAAAAGUAGGAAGCGAUCCUACUUUUUCGCCGCGAAUUUUUUCGCCGACCAAUCACGUUGCCGGAUUUCGGUUUUCGCUUCGCGUCGCGCGAACAAAUUCGCGUAGUGGAGAACGGGCUUUACCCAUGCAAAAUUCCCUGUGAUCACAGAAUCUUUGAUAAGUUAAAUUUUAAUAACUUUAUUAAUCUUUACUUCCCAGCUUUACGACCAAAAACGAGUGUGACCCAUUUCGCCCGUACAAGAAGAUAACAGUAGAACAUUUUGAUAGAACUUUAAUUCAUAUUGUACAUUGUAAAUAAAACUCUGUAACGAGCCCAAGAUGUUUAUGUAUAGUUAGAUGGAGAUUGUAAAAUUUUUAGCUGAUGUAAAUACAUGUAAGUUAUAAGUGUACUUUCUUUUUGUUUAAAAGUAUUUGUUCAUUUUUUGUCAAUAGUUGCAAGCCAUCCAAACAUCACCAUCAUUACAUUUUCAGCAUAACAAUGUACCAAACAUUCUGUGAGUGUUACCAUACAAAAAAUAAUAUGGUAUACCACCUCUCUAUCUGGCAUUGAAAUUCACCAUCCAGACUGUCACCUACCAUACUGUGGUAUGACCAGUUGAGUAUGGUACACUUUUUUCUGGCAUUAAAAAUUCACCAUCCAAAUACCAUUACUACAUUUACCAUCUAACAACCCACCAAAAAUAUACACUUUGUCACCCACCAUACCCAUGGUAUGUCCAGUUAGGCAUGGUACCGCCCCCCUUACCUCCCCAGGCCUAUGCCACUUCAUCUUGCAACAAUCUAAAAUAUACACCUCGUUGGUAACAUUAUUCCGCACCCCGCUCCACGUUUCGCCUCCGAAAAAUAACAAGUGCCUAUCGUUCAGCUCAACCGACACACAGUGUUGUCUUCCCGUAGGCUUAUCGCAUGCUACCCACUUUGAAAGUGGAUCUGCUAUUUUAUCAUUUCCAAGUACGGUUCCUUGUUCGGGCUUCUUAUUCCAGCGACCAAUAAGCUGGUGAUUGUCACCUUUUCGACCACCUUGUACAAAUAAUACAUAGCUUUUCCCGAGGUGGGUUUUUACAAGGUUUGCAGUGUGCCCAGACCGAGACGAAACAUGCAUUUGCGCUUCUUUGUAUACACCGGUUCUAACAUUGAAAUGGAAUGCGUCGCCGGACCGUCGUUGCGUCCUUACCCCGCCCUCCCGUCCGAUAAUAAGCAGUUCACUUUCCGAGACUAGAGUACUUGUAUGAGAGCUCAGUCCUGCGGGGAUCUCUCCCCUGGUCUGAAUUUGAAACCACGUAUUCUCUGUAGUGUCGUAAUAAUAUACAUCGGAACUUCUUUUAUGGCCUGUCCAACCGCCAAGAAAUAUUAUAAGACGUUCGUCUAUCACAUUAGCUGUGUGGUGACUGAGUUUUGGCGCUUCGUAUAUCCGAAAACCGCCAAAUCGUCCUGCUUUUGAACUAGCUUCACUUUCAACUCGAGUCAGUUCAGUCCACUCAUUGCAAGAAGUAUCGAAGCAAAAUAGUCCGUUUUGUACACAUUUCUUGUCAUCUAACCCGCCAAAAAUGUACAGCUUGUAUUGUACUACAGAGCAUGUGUGAAAAGCGACUUUCGGAGGCGAUGGGCCGUUGCCAGAAACGGCUUUGAAGUCGAAAUUUGUCAUUUUCUCGUGAAAAUUCGGCGGCCAUUGCUAUACCAUGCUCCUCUUCGAG